AUGAGAGCGAACAAGGCUGCGCAGGGCAGCCGCGAAAAAGCGCGGGCGUUCAAGAGAGAAACCCGCAAGGAAAAUCGCAUUGGCUUUGCAAUGACCACCCUGUUAGGGGAGCGCAGCCAGAACAAUAGCCUCGCGAGGCAUCUUGUUGGCCUGUACAUGUAUGUCAGCGGGGCGUCGCGCCAGCUCAUCUCCAUCAUGUCGAACAUCGGGACUAUUGCCGAAAUCGAGGAAGAGAGCGAUGAGGACGACCUCGACUGGAAACCGGCGAGCGACCAGAACGACAACAACAAUGACGAUGGUCGGUCCGAGAGUGAGACAACAAUUGACGAGCUCGGCGAUACCGAGGCAGCACAGAACCAAGGCAAGGCUGCCAGUUCCAGAGAUGAAGGCGACCAGACUGCAACUCGCAAGCACCGCGAGGAGAGUCAAGCUCUGCGAGGCGCGAUCGAAGACACGAUCGAGCGCCCGCUCGCGUUCGCAUCUGAGCGCGAGGUUGAAGCGCCCGCCCGCGCAUCAGGCCUACUGUCGCGUGGGGCUGGUUUACUCCGACGCAUCUCGGAGUCCUGUCGUCACUCUACUCGUGUCUGCAGGGAGAGUACACUGCUGGGGCACGUCUAUGAUAAUAUUAACAUGGUUUUCAAGGUCGCAGAGCAAAUCUUGGGUCGCAAGGACACUCAGGAAAAUGGCACUUGUGCCACGGUCUUCCCUCUUGACAACGCGGCCCCCGACGACCUAAAAACUGCAGAUCUCCUUGCCGCUUUUGACUCAGCGGGACCCUUGUCAGUUGGCGAUAUCUGUCACACCCCGCAUGAAGCGGAAAAUUUCCGCCAUUCACUCGAGCACGCGCUCCUCCGUACCAUUGUCAACAGCUCAGAUCUUUUCGCUCGAUUCCGCCCCGACCUGGAUGCUUGCCUCCCGGGAGCGGACGACCAAAUGCGCCUGCAGAAGACAGAUACCUACCCCUUGCCAGCCAUGAACAUCGACAAGUCAAACACAACUGGGAAUGCCGAGGUUCUCGACACUAUGUUUGCGGAGCUCGAGUACGCGCGUCGAAGGCCCAUGUUUGCGGGUUACCCAGCGCUCACCUUUGGCGACCAGCUCUCCAUUGCCCGUAUGCGUACAAUAAUAGGUAACCGUGCGGGCCACGAGGACAUUGGACGGUCCUACGCCAACAUCGUCUUUGGGCCGGGUUUUUUUCACCACCAGAUGGCCAUCACCCACGGCAUCAUCGAGACGCACUUUGGCGACCCCACCGCAGGACAUCGCAAUCCCGCCUCUCUCUCUUUCUUUAAUACAGUCCUAGAUUGUAAGCCCAUAGUCACAUCCUCCCUUCCCCCAUAUCGUGUCUGCCGGGACCUAAUAUUUACUGUUCUAACCGCCUCUACACUACACUGCCUUGAGCUCGUCUCGGGCGUGGAUUCCCUGGACAAGUACACCACGGACCUCUCCUUCAGCAACCUCCAGAAGGAUGUCACCAAGAUCUACGACCGCUAUGUGGGCCCCAACGCAGUCGCCGAACUCCGACUCGUGUGGCGGGAUGAACUCGCCGAGCGCAUGUGUCACUACGUCUCAAGCACCCCCCCGAAUGCCGCCCCAACCCCUCCCGUUGACCCACUAGCCCUACCACUGAAGAGUGGCGACAUGGUUUUUGAAAAUGUGUCUCUCUUUCUGCGCGACGCGUUGGUGUUUCACGAAUUCACUGACGCCAUCAAGGGCGGGUACUCCGGCCGAAUUAUUUGCACCCUCAAGAUACUCACGCUCAUGUACCGAGGAAGCGGACGUCUCAAGUACGCCCAUGAAUGCCUUCACCUCAUCCACAAUCUGACGCGCGUGUGGCCUGCACCCCUUCGAGCUGUCAUGAUAAACAAUUGGCUGGUCAACCCCACCGGGAAACCAAAUGCCUGGGUGCCGGUUGAUCUCCUUCAAGAACACAUGAACUUUUGGGUCAAGGUUAUAUACAAGGCACAGGGCAGCAAUGCGUCAUGGGAAUGGCUGCAGACCAUCUCCCCAUGUAUUUCCGUCUUCCGGCAGCUUGCACUCCAGAUGAACGACACCCUCGGCGCGCGCCUGGGCAACAAACACCAAUCUCCCAGCCUCCACAAGGAUAUCGACUCCUUGACGAAUUUGAUGCGCAACAACAGCAUCUUCCGUGUGGAACCGGGGCACGUGCUCCACGACAUGACGAACACCGAGGUACCUAACAUCGUGGCGGCAGGCCUCAAGCAGCUUCCGGGUCCCCUCCUCGAGUACAACAAGAUGUUCAAACAAUGGCAGCGCCGCCGUCGCGAAACCCCUCUCACCACUCCUCCUGCCAGUCCUCCUUCCUCGCGCCCAUCCUCCCUGACAACAGUGAACUCCUUGGAGCUGUCUGGCGUUGUGCUCCCAGAUGCACACAAUUGCGCGCAGUCAAUGCCGCAUACACUUUGGACACACAGAGAUGAAGAGGAUUAUUGGCAGCACUUCGACACCGAUGAAUACGAGCCUCGGGCGGCCUUUGCAGAGGAGGAAGACCCUUCAUUAGAUAUAGAUGACUGGUAA